AUGGCAUCUGGCCAUCGACAGCUGGCGAGUAGUGUGCUUGUCACACUCUCGGCCCAGUACCCUCCUCCCGACUUCCAGUAUCCCGAGCGUAGAAUCGUUUUGGAAUCUAAGAGCGUCGACUCCGCCUCUGAAAAGGUCAGGAUUGGCAGAUCCAGCAAGCGUCUACCCGCCCUCGAACCCAAGAACACCAACGCCUUGUUCGACAGCCCGGUCAUGAGCCGCGAGCAUGCCGAAUUGUAUCCUGAUUGGUACCACAAGAAACUUUAUAUCAAGGACUCGACUUCCCUCCACGGAACCCACAGAAACUCCGUGAGAAUCAACUCUGGUGAGGCGUACGAGUUGCUUCCAGGAGACACUCUCAAGUUUGGCAUCGACAUUCAACGAUCAAGCGAGUCAUUCCCGCCUUGCACCGUUCAGGUGCACUUCCAGUGGGAUCCUCCCUCUGACACUGAACACGCGAACGCCCGGCCUACCUACACAUACUCUGUCCCUGAUGACUCUGACAGCAGCGACAAUGACGACGACGAUGAUAUCAGAGCGACAAUGGAGAAAAUUCGCUUGAUUGCGCAGCACCGCCUCCCGGGCGCAGCAGCCACUGCUAUCGACCUCACGGAUGACGCCCCUGUCCCUGCCUCCACAGCAGGACAAUCCGCCGCCGCCGCCAUCGUCCUUGAUGACGACAAUGCUCCGAAUCACGUCUUCGAGGCUCCUGCUGUCAUUCCUCGCUCCUUCCAGCCUGCUUCCCCUGCUCCACCUGCUACUGUGGACUUCGACGCCCCCCAUGACGAUGAUGAGGAGGAGGAGCCCUCUUCUGCGCAACAUUCUGCGCUCGUUGACCCGAUCCCUACCUUUGACGACUCUGAUUCUGAUUUAGAUGAUUCUUACGAAGAGGGAGACUCGAUGGACUUGUCAGACAAGGGUGUCUCGAGCGAGGGUCAAUCUUCCGAUGAAACCUCCGACGAAGAGGAUAUCUGCCUCAGUGACUCCCUGAGCGGCUCUGACAACGGCGACGUCAUCGACGAGCUAGAUGCCGAGGCAGACACUAACUGCCAUGCCAAUUGCGAUGGUGAUCAAGAGGACGAUGAGCAAGACAGUGAGCUUGACGAUGACGCCGAAUGCUACACCGACUACGACCACGACGUCCGUGAAUCGGAUGCAGAGAGUAGCGACGGAGAGAACGACCCACAAGAUGAUGAUGAGUACGUUUGGGAUGAGCCUCCUCGCAACAACCUGGCCAAUGACACAUCCAUGACCAUCUGUGAGCCGGCUACUGCUACUGCGUCAACCAACCAAACGUUACCCCUUCAACACAUUAUGUGUCCUGCUGCUAUGCCAUGGCCUUUCCCAGGUUCAUCCGAAGACCAAUUUGGGAAUGAUUUCAAGCUUCCGCCUCUGCUUAACCAGGCGACCCCUCUGUCCGAUGGCAGAACUCUUACCCCGCUGCUUUCAACGCAACCUCUGGAUGUCCUCGCCUCCCAUCGGCCUUGGCUAGCAGCUCAUGGACAGCAGCCAGCCCAUGGACCAAGAGGGGAUGAUUGGAAAUAUCCCAGCAUGGAGGAGAAGAACCCAUGGUUGUCCCAAAAUGACGGGCCGUCCGUCGAUGUCCUUGGACAGAAGAGUGGCAAGCCUGAAUUCUUCCGUGCCCGUGAGCAAAACAAGGCGAUAUUGCGUCAACACGAGGAAUCCUUGAAGCCUUCGCAAGCUCCAGUCUCAACCCAGCCUGCUGCUACUCCAGACCAAGCUGCCGACAACGACAUCUAUUCAAAGCCCACUCCAGUCGACGUUGAGGCUCCAAAGUCGACAAAGGUUCCCGAGUCUGUCUGGGCUGCCCCGGGCAGGAGAUUCCUCGACUCGCCGCAGGAAGACCGUCUUUCUCCUGAACGAGAGAUGAGCCCCGAGCCCGACAUGACCAGCGCCUUCCAAUACCAGCAGAGCAAACUGGCAGUCCUUACACAGCCGCCAAAGACUCGAGAGGCUGUGGUCGCCGGCACGGACAAGCCUGUUCAGGAGAGCACGCCGCCGCGGUCUCCCAAGCGCAAGGCUGACGAGAUUUCUACUCUUCUUCCAGAAGAACAAGCUGCGGAGACGUCGACCAUCGACCAAGCUGCCCAAGAUACGGCCUCGAUUGUCGCCGGCGAGGAGAGCAAUACUUCCGAGAUUGCGCCCCCCGUUCUCCCUAGACCUGAAGUCACUGAGCAACGUCCCGCUAAACGUUUCCGCUUCCUUCCUAGCAUGAGCAAGAUCGGAACUUUCAGCGUCGGUGUCGGCGCUGGUGUCAGCAUGCUUGCUGGAAUGCUCGCGAUGACGGCUCCUUCUCUUUAG